ACAAAAUUUUACUAAACAUACCAAACCAGAUUAGGCGUCCAUUUUUAUCAAUUUGGGAAACGUUUUCUACUUCACCUGAAACUAUUCUGUUGAAAAAAACUGUGACGAUGGCGGGGAAAGACGACCGGAUAACCACGAAGGUUAUCCAGGUCGCUAACAUUGCCCAGAACGCAUCAAAAGAUCAAAUGAAGACAUUAUUUGCAUACAUCGGACGAAUAGACGAUCUUAAAAUGUAUCCCACCAUUGACUCUCCUGAGGGAGCAGUAUCAGCACCUGUAACAAAGAUUGUGUAUGUCAAGUUUGAAGAUUCUCAGAGCACAGGUGUUGCAUUACAUCUAAACAACACAGUCUUUAUUGAUAAAGCCAUGAUAAUUGUGCCUGUCAUGGAUGGUAAAAUUCCAGAUGAACAGACAGCAUUACAGCUAGCCCCAUCAGCCAUGGCAGGAUUGAUGCCUGGUCAACCUACAUGGCCUAGCAAUGUUAUUAGUCAGAUGAGUGGUGUUGGUUCAGCACAAGUAAUAACAACACAUGACCCACGUCUAACAGCCUUAGGUCUGCCACAAUAUCCAGCUCUACCUGGGACAACAGAUGGGUCAAAGAUAGAGGAAAUAAGAAGAACAGUUUAUGUUUCUAAUAUGGAUCCUACAACAUCUACAGAUCAACUGUUGCAAUUCUUUUCCCAAGUAGGAGAAGUGAAGUAUGUGAGGAUGGCUGGAGAUCCAAGCACUUCUGUAGUAUCUGGUUAUGUAGAAUUUACUGACCAGAGAUCUGUGGCCACUGCUCUAACUUACAAUAGUGUUAUGUUCCAGAAUAAACCUAUCACUGUAACACAUUCUAAUACAUGUAUCAUCAAGCCCUUAACAAAGUCUCAAGAGGCUCAACAGAGGGACAUAGAAGAAGCAAUGAAGAAAGUCAAAGAAGCCCAGUCCCUCAUAUCAGCUGCUGUAGAUGAUCCAUAUGACAGAUCGCGUAGCAGAUCUAGAUCUAGACGAAGAUCUAGGUCAAGAAGGGGCUCCAGAUCAAGGUCAAGAAAACGCUCAAGAUCUAGAAGAAGAUCAUCCAGACGAUCAAGGUCUAGAAAAAGAUCCAGAUCAAGAAAAAGGUCAAGGUCCAGAAAACGUUCAGGGUCUCGUUCACGUAGGAAAAGGUCUAGAUCAAGAAAGAGGUCAAGGUCAAAGCACAGAUCAAGAUCAAAAUCAAAGGGCAGAGCACCAAAGGAAGAGAGACCAACGCAGGGAUCAAACCAUUUCCCUACAAGGGGGCCGCUGAGGGGCCAAAUCAUCUUCCCAGUCAGGAGGAGGUCAAGGACACCAAGAGCUUACAGUAGACGAUCAAGGUCAAGGAGUCCUACUGCUAAAAGGAAAAGCAAAUCUCCACCUCCUAAAAAAAGAUCUAAGACUCCAGAAAAGAAACGUUCUAGAAGCAAAUCUCAUCAUAAGUCUUUAUCACCUCCUAAGUUAGAAAGGGAAACAUCACCAUUAGAAAAAGAGGGAGGAUCUCCAAGCAGAGAAGUUAACCAACCAGAACCGGCAUCUAUUUCAAGUGAUGGUCCUCCUGCCAUGAUAAAACAGGAAUAUGAAAGUCAGUCCAAAGAACCUGUAGAAACCACUGCACCCAGAAAAAGGUCUGUAAGCAGAAGUCGGAGCAAAACCCCUCCAAGGAAACGCUCCAGUCCUCCAAAGAGAAGAAAGUCAAGAAGCCGAUCUCCGAAAAGAUCUUCCAGCAGGAGAUCCAGAAGUAGGAGCAGAGAUGGACCAAAAGACAAACACAAAAGUGAUAGGUCAGCAGAAAGUGUACCAAAAGACAAACACAAAAGUGAUAGGUCAGCAGAAAGUGUACCAAAAGACAAACACAAAAGUGAUAGGUCAGCAGAAAGUAGACGGAGUUACAAAAAAUCCAGAAGAAGCAGGAGUAGGUCAAAGAAGAGGUCACGAUCUCGUAGCAAGGGCAGAAGGGAGAGAGACAAGAAAAGGGAUAGAAGUAGGGACAGAGAUCGUGAAAAGAAGAAGAAACAUCGAGACAGAUCCAGCAGAGAAAGAGAAGAGAAAACAAAAGAAACAAAAGUUAAAAGGAAUUAUGAUGAAGAAGAAAAGUUACAAGAAGAUGAUAACAGCGAAAAUGAUUCAUCUCGGCAGGCGGAAACUUCACUCCCUCCUGAUGAUAUUAAUCUCCAAUCAGUUGACAUGGACAUGAGUGAUUGACAAGUUGAUUUUUAAUUCAUAUCUGUUCUAUCAUGCUGCACAUUUGCUUCACAUUGAUUCUGAAAGAUAGGAGUCAAGUUUUAAAUUGUGCCUAUUAGGGCGUAAUAAUUUUCAAUAUUUUAUAUAUUUGAUGUUCAGCUCAAUGUAAUUUUGAAGGAAUGACUCUUUACAUAUGCUGUAUUUCUUAAAACUUCUGGUUAGAUUAUGUUAAAAAAUCAAAUGGAGGUGAUGUUAAUAUGGUAAUUGUAGCUUUGCUAUGCAUAUUGCCAUUUUGUUUUGUCUUACAAUUUUGCAGUAGUUUUAAGAAUUAAGUAUGAGUAAUUUCAUGAAAAAUUUAAUAAGUAAUCUGAGUAAAAAAACUCAUUAUAUUAUAUAUUGCUCAUAAAAAAGUAAAAUUUAUUUUUACUAUUUUUCAAUAAAAACAAUGAGCACAAAAGGAACACACAGUUUAAUUUCAACAUUUGAGGAAAAUCAUCUUAAUUACGUAAUAUUUAACUAUGUUUAAGAGUUUUGCACAAUAGUGGAUUCGAGGAAGGGGUAAUAGGUCAUUUCUUUUAUUUAAAAACAAUCAUAUAUGUAAUGAAUCUUUUUGUUUUAACAACACAUUUUCACCCCCUUUUCUCAAACCAUGGAUCAUAUGAUAAUUUUGGGAAAUGUUUCAAUUGGCAUAAGCUGAAGCAGUUAAUGUAAUCGAUUCUGAUCAUUAAGCUUUUUCAGUGGACAACAUUUUAUAUGUUGUAAAGUGAACACUAGAAAUAAACAAGUACAAACUAA